CGUGCUUAGCUUUAUGCAAAGCAGUAUGCCUACUGAUCUAUCAAGAGAGAGCAUCCAGUUCUGCUCUCCACUUAUAUUUCUGAUCAUGUAUAAUCUUGCCAGCUGCCAUUUUGGCUGGACCUGCCUGCCUGCCAUUGUUUUCACCAGCUAUUUUGACCCAUAAGUACACCUGCCAUUGCUCAUCUUACCACUUACCACCUGGUGUUAUAGCCCUGCUGCACGUUGCUGGAGUGGAGGCAAACAUGCAGCAGCAGCAGCAGCCACCGCCGCCUCAGAGGAAGAUGGUCGCGUCGAAGAAGCUCAUGAAGGUCGGGCCAUGGGGCGGCACCGGCGGGAACCCGUGGGACGACGGCGGGCACACCGGGAUCCGCGGCAUCACCCUGUCGUACGACCACCGCUGCGUCGUCUCCAUCGCCGUGGAGUACGACAGGAGCGGCCUCACCGUCCCGGGCGAGCGGCACGGCGGCGCCGGCGGCAACCACACAACCCAGUUCAAGCUGUGCUUCCCGGACGAGCACCUGACGGCCGUGAGCGGCCGGUACGGCGCGGUGGCGCCAGGCGGCUCGCCGGUGAUCCGGUCGCUGGCGUUCAGGACAGAGCGCGCGGCGUACGGGCCCUUCGGCGCCGUGGAGGGCACGCCGUUCCAGUUUGCGGUGGAGGGCGGCGUGAUCGUGGGGUUCUGCGGGCGGAGCGGCUGGCAGCUUGACGCCGUCGGGAUGUACGUGGCGCCGUUGCGGCCGGAGAAGCUGUACGACAAGGUGCAUCAUCUCGGGCUCAUGGCCUACCGGUCCGUCAUGCACCGGCUCGGGCCGGCACCGGCGCCGCCGCAGGACGAGCUGCAGGAGGCGAGAGUUCAGCAUCAGCGUCAGAACGGCAGUGUGGUUCAGACAGGUCGCAAGAAUUACUAGUGUUCAGUGUGUCACUAGCUAGAAUUGCAAAUUCAUGGCUGGAUGUCUGUUGUACAUAUGAUUGAUUAAGCUACUCCGCAAUACUCCCUCCGUUCCUAAAUAUAAGUCUUUUAAGAGAUUUCA